ACGGAAUGGCCACUAGAGGGCGUUUUACAGACCUUCUGCGCAUUGGCAGAAGAGUCAGGAGGCUAUGGUGGAGCAUGAACGCGCCUUCAAACAUUUCCUGAUUUUGGGAUAGAAGAACCGUGACAGGGUUGAGCGACAGCGUGAGUUUCUGCCAGAGGCUUGGAGCGUAAGUCACACCAGACACUCACUGCAGAGUUUGCUCUGGACACAGAAGCUUUAGGAAGCUUAAAUAACACAAACUAUCAUCGCUUUCAUCAACCAGGGCAGUAGUGCAGCUAUGGAGACCCCAGGUCAAAAACGUACCACCCGUGGAGGGGUGACCAACGUCCUGUCUCCCACCCGCAUUUCACGGCUGCAGGAGAAAGAGGACCUGUCCAACCUGAAUGACCGUCUGGCGGUCUACAUCGAUAAGGUGCGAUUUCUAGAGUCGGAGAACGCAACCUUGCGAAUGCGCAUUACCGAGUCGGAGACGGAGAUCAGCCGAGAGAUGGGUGGCAUGAAAGCGGCGUACGAGGCCGAGCUGGCGGACGCCAGGAAGACUCUGGACUCGGUUGCCAAAGAGCGAGCCCGACUGCAGCUGGAGCUCAGCAAAGUGCGUGAGGACUACAAGGAGCUGAAGGCCAGGAACGGUAAAAAAGAGGCGGCUCUUGAAACGGCUUUGGCCAGGCUGAAAGAUCUGGAAGCUCUGCUGAACUCCAAGGAUGCUGCCCUCUCCACUGCUCUUGGAGAGAAAAGAUCCCUGGAGGUGGAAGUCAGAGAUCUGAAAGCCCAACUGGCCAAGCUGGAGGGAAGUCUAAAUGAUGCUAAGAAGCAACUACAGGAUGAAAUGCUGAGGCGUGUGGAUGCUGAGAACCGAAUCCAAACCUUGAAAGAGGAACUGGAAUUCCAGAAGAACAUUUAUAAAGAGGAGAUCCGUGAGUCUAAACGCAGGCAUGAGUCGCGUAUGGUGGAAAUCGACGGCGGCUCUCCACAGGAGUUUGAGAGUAAACUGGCCGAGGCUUUGACUGAACUCCGCAUCCAGCACGAAGAGCAGCUUCGUAUCUACAAAGAGGAGAUCGAGAAAACCUACAACGCUAAGCUUGAGAAUGCUCGCCAGUCCGCGGACAGGAACAGUCAUUUGGUGGGUGCCGCCCAUGAGGAACUGCAGCAAAGCCGUGUGAGGCUGGAGAGCAUGACCUCUCAGCUCACUCAACUGCAGAAACAGUUGGCCGCCCGUGAUGCGAAGAUCCGCGAGCUGGAGGAGGGUCUGUCCAGAGAGAGGGAGAUCUUGCGCCGUCGCCUGGAUGACAAGGAGAAAGAGAUGGCUGAAAUGAGACAACGCAUGCAGCAACAGCUGGACGAGUACCAGGAACUCCUGGACAUCAAACUUGCACUUGACAUGGAGAUCAGUGCCUACCGGAAGCUUCUGGAGGGCGAGGAGGAGAGGCUGCGUCUCUCUCCGAGUCCUCCUCCUACACGCAGUGUAACUGUGUCCCGCACCUCUGGUUCUGGUACUCACGCACGUGUGGUACAGAGCAGCACCACUCGCACCGCAUCCGGCAGUGCGAAGAAACGGCGACUGAACGAUAACGACAGCGAUGCCUCCAGCGUGGUCGGCGGAACCGUCACACGUACACGUGUCUCCCAGCAGGCCUCCGCCAGUGGCCGCGUGACUGUGGAUGAAGUGGACAUGGAGGGAAAAUACGUCCGCCUUAGUAACAAAUCUGACCAGGAUCAAAAUUUGGGACACUGGCAGGUGAAGAGGCAGAUUGGUUCUGGUAGUCCCAUUGUCUACAAGUUCCCACCCAAAUUUACCCUGAAGGCGGGCCAGACUGUCACAAUUUGGGCCGCAGGAGCUGGUGCAUCCCACAACCCCCCAUCUGACCUGGUGUGGAAGACCCAGAACUCGUGGGGCAGUGGAGAUCUGUUUCAGACCACUCUGAUCAGUGCCAGUGGAGAGGAAAUGGCUAUGAGGAAGGUGACACGUACCCUUUUCCAGGAUGAUGAAGAUGAUGAUAUGGCCGCCCACAGCACAUGCGGAGAAAGCGAGUAUAACCUGCGCAGUCGCACGGUGGUCUGCGGCUCAUGCGGACAGCCGUCGGAUAAAAACACCAGUUGCAUGACGACCAGCUCUGGAGUGUCGAGCGCGUCCCGCUCGUUCAGCAGCGGAGGAGGGCUGCCCGACAGCUUUGUGUCGCCCUCACACUUUAUUGUGGGCAACGACAAACCCAGACAGGCUGGGCCCAAACUAGAGAGCUGCUCUAUUAUGUAGACAGCUGUGGACAUCCCUCCAUUAACAAGGCAGGAAGAAUUUGUUCCUUGCUAAUUCCUUAUUGGAUUAUUGUUCUUCUUAAGACAUGCUAUUUUUUUGUACCUUUCUUAUUUUAUAUUUCAUAAUCUGCGGGGUAGAUUUUGGCUUUGGUAUGGCUUCAUAGUAACUUAUAUGCUGUAGCUGUAUAAUAUUUUCUCCAAUAUACUCUAAUAGAUUUGCAUGUUGGCAGUAGCUUCAGCAUACUGUACUCAGGUAGAGAGGCGAACGGCGCAUUUCACACUCGCUCCAUAAACUCUACACGGGAAUGCUGUCAUAAUGCAACACGCACAGUUAAAAAACCUUCUCCAUAUGUUUGUUGUAUCAAAACUCUAAUGAAACUCUUACCGCAGGCUGGUUAUCUGGUUCCACUUUAUUUAAUGACCAUCCCAGACUGAUGUGUAAAAGUUUGUUUUAUGGUAUUUUUGUGCUACCUCUUGCAGUUUUUAUGCACACCUGCUAAAGGGAAACAUACAUGACAACACCAAAGACGCACCGUUAUCAAUUAUGUACGCCAGUAUACAAUAGAGCCGAAUCUCAGUCAGAAUCAUGAGUUUUGUUAUGGUGAGACUUUAGGUUACAAAACUUUAUAUUUAGAUGGUCUGGAUGCAAAGUGCUAUAAAGUUGCACAUUUAAAUUGGUACUGUGGUUUUUUUAUUUUUAGGGGAAGUUGUUACAAACCCCUAUUGGACUGCAAAAUAUGCUGUCUUAAUAAGUAAUAAGAGGUUUCUGAAAGACUUGAACUAUAAAGCUGAAGUUGCCUGCAUUUUAAACAAAAGCUGAUUUUUGUUGUUGUAGGGUUAAAUUGCAGAGGAAAGAAAAUGAUGUUGAAAGGAACUGUCGCAAGUUUACGAGUGAUUCGUUUUUUGUUUGGGGCCCUAGAGGCAAAAUAAUUAAAUAUGCAAAAUUUCCACCGUCAUUCCCUGAUUUAAUGUUCCCUUAUUUUUUUUCGGUGGUAUUUGCUAUGUUUUAAGUUUUGUUAAACAUCAGAUACGCAUUUACACUAAGUCAUUUUUAUUUGUAGUAUAUCUAUGGGCUGCGUGUUGAUAUUCCCGUCACUCCUCUCUUACAGUAGAUAUUCCAGUUCCUCAUCUGGACAGCUGUAAUAAGAGUUAUUUUUACCAGCGCAUGUCAGAAACAGAGACAUAAAGGGGUUUUGCACUGAGAAGUAAGUUUAAAAGUGGUGCAGAAAUUGAAGAUUAAUUGGUUAUGAAAAGAUCAGUAAUGUAUUGAACAGAUAUUCAGUGAAGCUAUCGCAGCUCCCCAGACAGAGGACUGGAUAUUACUGGCACAUUACAGUAUAUAUAUUACUUUAUUGUAUUGCAUUGCAGAGCUUUGGAUAUUUAAAGGAAAAUUUGGGAUAGUAUCAUUCUAUUUUUUCUACAUAUACUUAGGACUUGCGGUUUUGUAUUUCUGCUUAAACAGCUAUUGGUAUUAUUAUAUUAUUGUAAUAAGGCAUGUCUUUGUUGUUUGUUAUAAGAAAUCUGUUUGUUGAAAUCUUUAAAUUUGACUAAAUAUCCUAUGAAAAGAAUUUGAAUGUUUAAUUAACACCAAUGUGUUAAUCAUUUUCUGUUACGUUUUCAUCAUGAAACAAAGAUUUAAAUUAUACAGUAUAAGAUCAUGACACCAAAAGAUGUUUUUGUUUUGUUUUUUAUUUUUUUUCCUGUAUUUUUAAAGUUUUUAUUUUGUUAUUGGCUAAAGUCAUGAAGGUUUUGUCAAAAAAAAAAAAGUUUGCUAAAGCCGACUGCAAGGCAUGACAUUUUUGUUGCUAGUGCUUUAUGUCUUUAAAUCUAAUUUACUUGUGUGAAGAUAUCAGAAUUGAUGUAAAACAUUAUUUCAAGAGCCUUGUUUCAAACUGUGCCUUAAAAUGAUUCAUUUAAAUAAAGCCAUUCUGACUUUUUAAACUGCUUCCUAA